AUGGAAACCACCAACACAUCAUCAACAAAUGUUGAAAAAUCACCAACUCAAACCGAAAAAGAACAACAUUCCAUCGGCCUCACAAAUGCAAUGAAUAAUCAUUACAACAAAAACUUUGAAAAUAAUAAUAAUAAUAUUAAUAAUAAUAAUGAUAAUAAUAAUAAUAUGAUGCCAUUACUAGGUGGAAGUAUGGGUACAUUAAUUAGCCAACUUUUUGACAAUAAUAAUAAUAAUAAUAAUAAUGAUUCACCACCCCUUUCAUCGACAACUACAAAUAAUAUUAAUAAUAAUGAUAUUUUAAAUCAACCACAUCAUCAAAAUACAUCUUCUUCUUCAGGACCGAUGAGAUCAUCACCAAAUGUUUCAUCGUCCACUUCAACAUCUUCACCACACCAUGGUGGUGCCAGUUAUCACCCAUAUAGACAACCAUAUGCAGCAUCACCCUCGGGUGCGUCAUUACCCUCACCCUCACCUUCACCCUCUCCCACAUCCACUCCAUUGGCCUCUGUUGCAACACCUUCCUCGUCCUCCUCGCUAGCCCUGUCACGUGAUAGAAUACCAGUUCAUCUCCAACAUUUCAUGGAUCCAAUGCCAAAUACUACUCAUCCACAUCAACAACAAGCUCAACCUCCUCCUCCUCCACCUCAACAACAACAACAACAACAAACAUUCCAAGUUAACUCACCCAACAACAACAACAACUCUAUUACACUUCCCAAUCCAGUCAAUACAACUCUAUCAAUGUCAAGUGGAGAGUCUGAUUCCGAACCCGAUAACCUCAUUCCAACCAAUGAGAAUGCAUUGGCAAUCGUUUCACCGCAAGAUGACCUAUCGAUGAUUCGUUCAGGUCAAAACUAUGUCGAUAUCACCGAGUAUUUGAAUCUGCCACAGUCCAACGCCGCCAAAAAGCUCGGAAUUCCAACAUCGACACUCAGCAAACGAUGGAAAGAAGCAGCACAAGGAAGAAAAUGGCCAUACAGAAAGGUUGCCAAACUAGACAAGGAAAUCAUGACCAUCUUGCACAACAUUCCUCCAGGUGGUGAAAUGCCAGCCAGCGUAGAACAACAACUUGCCAAGUUGAUGAAAAAGAGACAAAAGAAUCUUAGUCCUGUUUAUAUUAGAUUUUAA